AUGCAGGGUGUAAGUUCAUGUCUUUAUUUUUUACUACUUUUCCUCUCGGACCCACACACUCACUAUUCCCUCCCCUCUCACCCCACAUUCCCUCAAUCAGGUUCAACCGGUCGGCGGGAGAUGGCUCGGUGGCGUGGCGCGCUGCAAGUGGACUUCGCGUGCUCCUCUGCCUCGUCCGGAGGGGGAGGGGGUGGCGGCACUGGCGGGGGCACGGGGGGAGGCACUGGCGGAGCGGCGGUGGGGGGAGUGGUGGUGGCGGAGGUAGCAGUGGUGGUGGCGGAGGAGGCGGCGGAAGGGGAGGCGGUGGGGGGGACUGCAGGAGAGGGCUUGGGGGCGGACGUGGGGGGCCUGGUGGGGGACAGGGGGGGCCUGGGGGAGGGCAGGGCGGACCUGGGGGCGGGCAAGUGGGGCGUGGUGGGGGACAGGGGGGAUUUGGGGGCGGACAGGGCGGUUCUGUUGGGGAACAGGGCGGACCUGGGGCCGGGCAGGGGGGAGCUAGGGACGGCAAUGGUGGUGACUACAGCAAUGGGGGGAGCUACAGCGGUGGUAAUGGCGGAAGUGACUAUAGCGGAGGCAACACUGGCGGACAAGGUGGUUACUACAGCGCAGGAGGUGGAGGAGGAGGGGCUGGUGGGGGUGCUGGUGGGGGAUGUGGGGAAGGACAAGGGCAAGGCGGGGGACCUGGGGGACACGGGGAAGGUGGGGGAGGGCAGGGCGGACCUGGUGAGGGACAGGGGGGCCUUGCAAGUGGGAGCUGGAGGCGGGCAGGGGGGACCUGGGGGGGAUUAUGGUGGGGGGAGCAAUGGUGGUGACUACGGGGCUGGUAAUGGCGGUGGUGACUAUAGUGGGGGGAAUGGAGGGGACUACAACACUGGUGAUGACUACAGCGGGGGGAACACUGGAGGGGGCUAUGGUGGCGGCAAUGGUGGUGACUAUAAUGGAGGGAGCUACACUGGGGACUACAGUGGGGAUUACAGCGGGGGGAUGGGCGGCAGUCAGGGCGGCAGUCAGGGCGGCAGCCAGGGCGGCCCAUCUGAGGGUUUAAAUGGCGGGGGAGGCAUGGGCGGUGGUACUGUUGGCGGUGGCAUGGGAGAGCCUGGGGGAAUGGGCGGAGGUGUGGGUAUGGGAGGGGGCGGAGGAAUGGGAGGGAGCGGGGGAAUGGGAGGGGGCGGGGGAAUGGGAGGACCUGGGAGUGGUAUGGGCGAAGGAGGAGGGAUGAGGGGAGGGAGAGGGACCGGCGGAGGUGGGGGUAUGGGGGGAGGAGGCAUGGGGGGAGGAGGCAUGGGGGGAGGAGGCAUGGGGGGAGGAGGCAUCGGGGGAGGAGGCAUGGGGGGAGGGCCUGGCGGUCGUGGAAGGCAUUGA